UUCCGCCCUCCGUGUGGGAGCGACCGGACGGACCCGGGUUCAGAAACAGCGCCAUUGGAUUGAAUGACUUCAGGCUGGUGGAGCGAGAGGAGGCCGAGACAGGAUGCUCUGAAACAUCUCAUUUUCUGGAGCUGUUCCGUGUCGCAGGUUCACAGCUGAGCUCAGACGCAUCAUAGCGCUCAACAUUUAACGCAGUCCGGCGUGACGCUCCAACCGGACAGGACCUGACGGUGAAACGGGUGUAGUCGAUCUGGAUUUGACAGAAAGAUCUGAUUGUCUCGGUGCUGUGUGUGCGCCGAAGUGAAGAAGACACCGUGUGGAUGUGUUAGAGGUGUGAUGUUUGAGGGGUCCUGGAUUCUGACUCUUAUUAAAUAGAAAAUAAAUUGUGUAAUGCGAAUUUUGAACCGAAUCUGGCGUGACGUUUCCUCCGCACAGCACAGAGCAGGAGGAGCAGGUGUGAACGCUCCAGGUUUUAUAUAAAUGUGUGAUGAACUGAAGAUCCGCCGAAAUGUAAACGUGUCUCAGAGAUGGAUGCUGGUGUUCGGUUUGAAGCCUCAGCAGCUCUCGGCUUCACUGCGGAGGAUCAAACCUUAAAACGCUCAUUUUUUAAACGCAGUCUGGUGUGAGGUUUCCUCCGCGUGGGAGAGACAACGGGUUUGGGCCGAUUGAAGGGUUCAUGUGACGGUCACUGACAGCAGCUGCUGCCGGAUCUGCUCCCUGCUCUCGGGCUUCUCUCCUCAACAGAUGAUUUUAGAAAAGUGCAGAUUUGGUUCAAACAGUCGCAGCUGGGAGGACGCAGUGUGCGCCGAAUAGAAGACUGGACGGUGUUGGUGUGUGAAGUGUUCACUGUGAGUCUCUGACACAUCGGCACAUCUGCAGAUGAGCCCAGAUUUUUUAUAUCUUUAUAAUUGUGAACGGAGUCUGGCGUGACGUUCAGCUGGAGCAGGCAUCUCCUUGGAAACGGUUAGUGACAGUCCCCCUCCCCUCUCCCCUCCUCUCAUCGGGGAUGGUUGGUACUGAGAUCCUCCGCCUGCUCUCCCACUAACGACCAGUGUGAUACUGGGACACUUCCAGUGGGCAGAUGUUCUCCAGCAGCAGGAUGACUGUGAACCAGUCCAGCCUGCUGUACGGACCUCUGGAGGAGCUGCAGGAGCUCGCCUUCAUCGAGAGGCCGAUCCGCAGGAGCCUCAAGACGGCAGAGGAGAUCGAUCAGCUGACUGUGGACGAAGACCUGAAUGACAUCGAGAGAGCUGUCUACCUGCUCAGUGUGGGUCAGGAGGUGCAGAGAGCCAGCGUCAUCAGUAACCUGCCGAGCCUCGUCCGUCAGAAUCCAGCGGAGACGUUUCGUCGGGUCGUUCCGAAGGUCCGGGAGGUCCUGAACGGAGCCGGGGCAGAAAUCCAGCUGGCAGCAGCAGCAUCCUUCUUAACCAUCCUGCAGGACGACAUCAUCCUGAUCCACACCCACACCUUCUCCAUCCUGAAGACUGUCCUGCUUCACCUGAACCAUCGAGACACAGUGGUGAGCAACGCCUGGUUGGAGACUUUGCUGUCGGCCAUCAACGCUCUACCCAAAGAGACAAUCAAACAGGAGGUGCUGAACCCUCUCCUCUAUCAGUCUCAGCUGUCUCACUCUCUUCAGGCUCGUCUGGCCAGCUGUCGUAUUUUAGGGAAAGUCGCCUCCAAGUUCGACUCUCACAUAGUGAAAAAGGAGCUGCUGCCGUUGGCUCGGUCUUUAUGUCAGGACGUAGAGUUUGAGGUUCGAGCUUGUAUGUGCCGUCAACUGGAGAGCAUCGCCAGAGCGACCGGGGUGGAAGACACCAGGACGGAGCUGCUUCCUGAACUAGUGGAGCUCGCCGGAGACGAGGAGAGCAGCGUCCGCCUUGCCGCCUUCGACACCAUCAUCAACCUGAUGGAGAUGAUCGACAGUGAUGACAGACUCCAUGUCGUGGUUCCCCUGGUGAUGUCAGUGUGUGAGGUGUCUUCAUCGCAGGUGGACGAUGCCCUUGUGGCGUCUUUGUCGUUUCAGUUUGGGAAGCUCUGCAGCGGACUGACAGGCUCUCUGUCCGAUGAGCAGAAGGGGCGGUUGCUGCAGAGGUUUAAGGUGCUGUGUGUCGCCGGUCUGCAGACUGAAGGAAACCAGACUGAUGGCAACGAGUCGACGCUGAUCCGCUGCAACUGCUGCUACAACCUGCCGGCCAUGGUGGUGUUUGCUGACUCAGCUCACUUCCUGUCAGAGCUCUACCCGUCUUUCUCCAGUCUUUGCUGUGACCAAGAGGUCAGCGUUCGACGAAGUGCUGCAGCCAGUUUCCACCAGGUGGUGAAGCUGCUUGGUUCAAAUGUCCAGCUGGUCCACAAAGAGCUCCUUGCUCUGCUGCAGGACGACGCUCUGGAGGUGUUGGACGCUCUCAUGAAUCACCUGGAAGAAACUCUGGAAGCGGUUUUAUCCAGAGGAGAGAACCUGGCUAUGGACAACAAGUUCCCGGAGCUGCUGUCAGCUCUGCUGAUAGCAGAGCAGAAGGUUGGAUGCUCUCUGCGUUGGCGGCUGCAUGAGAAGCUGCUGCAGCGUUACAGCUGUCUGGCCAGACUACUGCCUGGAGAACUGUUGCACCAGAGCUUCUCCCCUCGCAUCUUCACCAUCCUCACCACCAAUAAGGUGUUGCCAGUUCAGAAGGAGGCGGCUCGGACAUUCUGCACAUUCCUGCGGUACAACCGCAAACAGGAGCAGCGACAGGAGAUGAUGGAGCGACUGAUCCAAGAUCUGGCACAGGGGAGGAGCUACUGGAACCGUCUCAGGUUCCUUGAUGUUUGUGAAAUGGCCACUGAGAUUUUCUCCAGAAAAUACUUUAACAAACACUUCCUGAUCCCGGCACUGGAUCUGGUCCAUGACCCCGUCGCCAACGUCAGGUACAAGCUGUGCCAGUUGUUGCCCAGAUUACGUUCGUCGCUUCGCCUGCCGGCUGACAAACAACUGCUGCAGCAGCUCGACUUCUGCGUCCAGAAACUCCUCUGCAGAGAGAAAGACAAGGACGUGGUGGCCACCAUCCGCAAGACAGUGUUGGAACUAGACAAACUGGACCUGGCAGAGCCUUUUCACAAGCGGCAGGAGAGGGAUCUGCUGGACCAGAAGAAGGAGAAGGAGGAGACUCUGCUGCUGGAGAUGGAACAGCUGGAGCGCCAGCAGAGUGAAGGCAAACUGAACUCUGAGAAACACACAGAGAGGAAACUCCACGAUGAAAACUGUCUUUCUUUGACAGGAAGAGACAGUAAGACCAGUCUGUCUGCAACCAAAUCCAUGUCCGUGUCCUCGUCUGGAGCAACUUUGUCCUCCUCCGGUAAAGAGAUGAGAAAGGCUAAACUGUCACGGAGUCGAUCUCUCAGCAGUCAGCCGUCAUCGUCCAAAGCUGCCAACUCAGAACGACCUCUGAAAGUGAAAGAGCUGAGCGGUAUUUCUGGAUCCGGGAAGUCCUCCAUGUUAACAAGCAAAGAUGACUCCAUGAGGACUGCACACUUCUCCAUGGCGACCCAGUCCACCUCCUCCAUGCCGGUCCUGAUCCGCAGCAACACCACCAGCCUUCUGGAGAGGGCCAGUACUCUGGACCACAGAAGCACCACUAUGGACCACAGGACCAGCACCCUAGAUCAGAGAGAUCACAGGACCAGUACACUGGACCACAGAGCCAGUAACAUGGACCACAGAAACAAUAUGAUGGAGCAGAGAACCGGGACAAUGGACCAUAGAACCAGUAACUUGGACCAUAGAACCACUAGCAUUGACCAGAGAGACCACAGAACCAGUAUUAUGGACCAGAGAGACCAUAGAACCAGUACCCUGGACCAGAGAGACCAUAGGACCAGUACCCUGGACCAGAGAGACCAUAGGACCAGUACCCUGGACCAGAGAGACCAUAGAACCAGUACCUUGGACCAGAGAGACCAUAGGACCAGUACCUUGGACCAGAGAGACCAUAGGACCAGUUCCGUGGACCAGCGCAGUAAAACGAUGGACCGGGGGUGCGGGGUGAAGGACAGCCAGUCCAGAAAGCUGUCGAUAAACAGGAAGUCGAACUCUUUCAGUGUCCAGUCAGGACGAGACUGAAGAUGAUGAUGUCAUCAUACCUCCACCAGGCUGUCAGCCAGUCAACAGUCAGGUUUCACAGGUUAAAGGAUGAAUAAAGGCUUCAGAACAUUACCCAGAAUGCAAUGGGACAUCAUCUCUUCCUUACAGUCACUAAUGGAGACAGUAGAGUCUGACUUCUAUUUGUAUCUACUGAGCUGCUUUUAUUUUCUGAGCACUGUGUAUUCUGAUGAUCUCAUCCUGUCACCUGAUUGGUUCAGUAAACUCCACACAUACUAACUGUUGGUGUGUUCUUAUUGGUUAGUGGUUCACCUGCUGAUGUGUGAUUGGUUUGGAUUAUUGUGACUGAUGUAACUGUUCUGUGUGUUGAUUGGUUUGGA